GGAGCAACUAUCAUCACAAGUGACAGGCCUACAAAAUGCUUUUUUGCUGAAAGAAAAGGAAUUCAACAAUUCCACUCGAGUGCUAAAGGAAAUCAUUAGAAGCAGGGAUGAACAACUAGUUAAGCAACAAGAAGGCAACAUGGAACUACUGAAGAAAAGAGAAGCUGAAAUGAGGAAAGAAUAUGAAUCAAAGCUUCAGACUCUAACAAAAAAUUAUGAGGAGCAACUUUCUAAGACACGAAAAGAAUGUGAGGCCAGACUAUUAGAAAUAAUAAAGGAGUUUACAGUGAAAUCAAGUGAAGCACUUGAAAACACUGUUGUAUCAAAACAUGAAGAAUGUGUAGAAGAAAUGAAGAUGAGUGCAAUGGAAUCAAGUGAACCAUUUCAAAGCACAGUUGUAUCAAAACAUGAAGAAUGUGAGUCCACAGCAUUAGAAGAAAUGGAGAAUGAAGACAAGUAUAAAAUGGAAUCAAGUGAAGCACUUGAAAGUGCAGAUGCAUCUAAACAUGAAAUAUCAUUAUCAUCAUUAUCAUCAUUAUCAUCAUCUUUGCAGUCUCCAUUAGCUAACAUUCCUUCAUAUGAAGUACAAAAGCAAAUGAUCCAACCUCUUUUGACACAACGUCUGAAGAAAGGAGACAAAUGGUAUCUUGUUGAUCAAAAGUGGUUUAAGCAGUGGAAGGAAUACACUGGAUUCGAUUCAUGGGAUCAACACACUGCAGGUGAACCAAGUGCUCAUCCAGGACCAAUUGAUAACAACGAUUUGUUUAAAGACAAUGUAUCUGAAAGACUAAAUCAUCAUCUAAUUGAAGAGCUACACUAUUCAUUACUACCUGAGCCUGCAUGGAAUCUUUUACUGAGUUGGUAUGGACUAUCAGUAGGAUCAAGGCCUAUUAUUAGAAAUCUAAUAGAGUUUGGAUCAUAUGCUAAGCACUUGAAGGUUGAAAUUUACUUGAUUAAUUUAAAAUUAUGCGUAGACCCUAACACUAAUAAUAUUAAAACAGGUUCAUUUAGUCGAAUAGAUACAAUCAGUCGAGUAUUGACAGUAAUAAAGCAACAGUUCAAUAUUCCUGAUACUACUGAAUGUAGACUGUGGAAACGUUACAUGAUAAAUGAUUAUGAAUUAUUAACUAAUCUUCAACAAACAGUAUCAGAUGCUGGUAUAUAUGAAGGACAAAUGAUAUUACUGGAAAUAAAAAAUCCACAUGGUACUUGGUCAAGAAUUGUGCAAUAUUCAGCUACUCAGACUUUCUCAAGUUUAUAUUAUAGAAUUAGUUCCUUAGAUAAUUUGGACAUCCUUUGAAUUUUAAAUUUUACAUAUUUUUGUGGUUUUGAGAUUAAUUGAUAGUUCUGUUAGUAACAUAA